CUGCGGGGUCCUGCAGAAGAAGGUUGUCGCGGCCUCGGGCGGAGGGGUGCCGGCCGACGGUGCAUCCCGGAGAGGGGGCGGUGGCCUCGAGCGAGGAGAAGUUGCUGUGGCCUCGAGCGGAGGGGUGCCGACGGCGCAUCCCGUCCCGGGGAGGGGGCAGCGGCCACGGGAGGGAUUGAGUGGAGAGAUGCCGCAGACGAAGGCUACGGUCUCGACCGGAGGAUCUGCCGCCCUGGCUGCCCUUCACGGGAACACAACUGCCCAGGAUUCCGAAGAAUCCGCCGCCAAGCACCGUACAAAGAAGGCACGCACGGUCUCGAGCGGGGAGACCUCAAUGGUGGAUGCCGAUGCCAGCUUGGGUGGAGACAUGGUGCACGGCCACCCUGCAAAGGAGCCUGAUACUGCCAAGGACUUUCAGAAAUCUGAUUCAGACGAGACUGUACUACAUGCCAAGGAAGAAAACGAGGAGGUGAAAGAGGCGGAGCUUCUGAUCCAAAUGAUGAAUGAUCUGGGCAUAGGAGAGCAUGUCAGCGACGACGAGUUCAACGCUUACUUUGAUCAGCUACCUUCCAUGCCUCGGAUCUAUCCUGAUGCUGUCAAACUGACCAGCGAGGAGCUCGACAAGCAAGUCGUUCGCCUUGCGCUGUACCGCUUCAGAUCUUACAAACACAAGGUGAAAGAGGAGGGGAAGGACGAUACGCUGGGCCUUAAGGACGUUUCUGAGGACGAGUGUGAUCGACAGUUUCUUAAGAAGUGGGGAUACUUCAAGCCGAUCGAGGAAAAUUGGACACUUGAUUGGUAUUUCCACCCUGAUUACUGCAAAGAUCCUUCUCUGAGUGACUACCAACGCCUAGUCCUGCGAAAUUAUGGUGGUACUGAGUACGGCAGGUGGAGUGGCUACCACGAAUUCCUUUGUAGCCAUGUCAUUGAAGAAGAGUAUGCCAAUUACUGCGAGGAACUAUUCAAGCAACUACAGUGGAUGGAAGGUUAUCUAGAUGCUCGCCGGCCAUCUUAUAAGUGGGAUUGCAUAUCCUCCCGGGGAGCUUUCCAAGCAAUUAAGAUCGCUGCUACUACCUUCCCCAAGAUCAGUGCGUCUUUAGCUUACUAUGGCUACCAUGAGUGUAUAGCGAGCAUGGGCUAUGACAGUUUUUGGUUUAAGGAGUUGGACGGUGUCUAUUUUGAGAUUUGGCGGCGGGUCACGCAACGAAUGAUGAGUUUCAGAGAAGCUCUAGAGGAGGUUUAUAAUCUGGACAGGUUUCCAUUACGCCAACAUAGGAUGAAAGUUGCACUGGAGGAUGACUACAUCAUGGGGAGAAUGAAAUCGGAGUACCGUGCCUGCACGGCAGCCAUUACCCCGGAAGUUAAAGAGGAUGGAGCUAAGGAGUUGAUUGCAGAGGCAAUUAGAAAGCGGAUUAAUAAGCCAAAGUACUAUGAUGAGUACAUCAGAAAGAAGAUUCACAUCGCCCGCGUUGUUGGAAUCAUUCCUCCGCUCUAAGGAUUGAAGCAACAGUGUAAUCAAGAUUCCGAAGAAUGAGAUGAGCGUCAAACAAGCGUUGUUUAUGAGAUUACGAAAUUGAACCAUCCCUCGUCCUUUUGCACUGUGAUGUGCUGCCCACAGUGGUUGUGCGCGCAGAAAUGCUCGUGACCUAUAAGAUAAUGUGAUAGAUCAUUUAUGCAGCUUUGGUGAGCAAAUAUAGUGGUUAAUAUAUUGUUA